AUGGCAGAACCUAUUGAUAAAAAUGCAGCGCAAGCUGUCCUAAAUUUUUUGAAAACUAAUGUUCCAAAAUCGGACGUUGCCUCAGUAGAGGCUGAAUUAAAAAAGGAUUUUAUAUUUGCUAAAAAGAAAGGUAAAGAGUCAAAGAAGAAAAAGAAAACCAAAAAGAAGUCUAGAACAUUAACUAGGAAGGAGAAAAAGAAUCUAGGAUUUUUUACUAUUCCAAGGAAUAGUGUUAAAUAUGAUGAUGUCAGGCCUAUGAAUGAAAUAUGGGUAGACUAUAUCACCGAAUUACUUGAAUUAGAUAAGUCUGUCCCAGACUGUAGUAGCAAGAACUGGGAACAAUUUACACAAACACUGUACAGAGCAGAUUUUCAUGGCAGUUUCUUACAAAUAGUUAGAUCAAAAUGUCCAAGCUAUGUUGGUAAAAAGGGUAUUUGCAUCAUGGACACUAGAAAUACUUUUAAAAUUGUUUCAAUGGAUAAUGUGGUCACAACAAUUCCUAAACGGGAGUGUGUUUUUGACAUGUACCUUGGAAAAAUUAAAAUAACUUUAUUUGGAAAACAUCUCUGUAUAAGACCUGCUGAAAGGUCUACAAAAAAAAUCAAAAGUCUUUUGCAUCCUGAUUUAUAG